AUGUCGGACUUGCCAUACUACUGCCAUGUAUGCGAUAUGGUUAUAUACAUUGAAGACCGGCUAGAAUGCCCGCAGUGCCGAGAGUCGUUUUUGGAGGUCCACACCGAGGACGUGGACGAUGAAGAAGAGGAGGCCGCGCCGGUUUGUGUGCGCACAUUUUUGGGCUUCCCAUUUUUCGGAUGCGGCAAAAAGCAGUCUUCCUCGAGAAGGCACAAGUCGAUUUCCUCGGACAGGAGAAACUACGCGCUUGGCCCGGAGCUGGACGACAUAAUAACCAGGCUGCGCGACGAAAUGGGCGCGGAGGAAAACCCAGCAACAGACGGGCAGAAGCUAAGCCUAGAGCCAGUUUUUCUCACCAAGAGCGACGUUUGCACAAUAUGCCUCGGGUCCUUUGAGGAGGGAAUGGAGGGGUCCAAGUUUCCAUGCUCGCACUUUUUCCACCAGGAGUGCACAAAUGCGUGGCUCAAGCUGCAGUCGGACUGCCCGGUGUGCCGAAAGCCUUUGUAG